AAGGGCGAAUUACUCGUGACGGGAUCAAAUGCAUCUGUUGUCAAAAAGUAUUUACUCUCAGUAACUUCGAAGCUCAUUCUGGCAGCACUAAUCACCGACCUUCAGCCAAUAUUUUUUUGGAGGAUGGCAGAUCUCUGCUGGAAUGCCAAUUGCAAUUGAAACAGAAUAAUAGCGUGAGCAGUGUAAGUAGAAAACGACGGGAGAUGAAUAAUUAUCAGCAUCAUAGCAUGGCUGACUAUGUAUGCUCUGUCUGUCACUAUGGUGGUGAAUUAGUUUUAUGUGAUCAGUGUCCAUCCUCAUUUCAUAAAAGUUGCCUUGGUUUGAAGGAUGUUCCAGGUGGUGACUGGUUCUGCCCAUCAUGCUGUUGUGGAAUUUGUGGCUUAAGAAGGAUUAAUAAAGACAGUGACCUAAUUACAGAUAACCGGGUUCUAAAAUGUGAUCAGUGUGAGCGUCAAUAUCACAUUGAUUGCUUAAGGAGACAAGGUCUUGUAAAGCUGGAUGGUUAUCCUAAAGGAAAUUGGUUGUGUAAUGUAAGAUGUGAACAGAUAUUUUUGGGCCUGCGCAGGCUUCUGGGGAAACCAGUUGCAGUGGGAGUUGAUAAUCUAACUUGGACUUUAAUGAAAUACAUGACAAUUGAUGGAUGUGGUUAUGAUGCCUCCGAUACUGAUGUCUUGAUGGAGAACUACAGCAAACUAAACGUUGCUCUUGGUGUUAUGCAUGAGUGUUUUGAGCCUGUCAAGGAACCUCGCACAAGGAGGGAUCUUGUUGAAGACGUGAUCUUUAGUAGAAGGUCGGAGCUGAAUCGUUUGAACUUCCGAGGGUUCUAUACAGUGAUUUUGGAGAGAAAUGACGAACUGAUCACGGUUGCUAAUGUGAGGGUGUAUGGAGAAAAGGUGGCAGAAGUACCGCUUGUCGGUACACGAUUUAAGUAUCGCCGACUUGGAAUGUGCCGCAUUUUGAUGAAUGAGCUUGAAAAGAAACUCAAGGAAUUGGGUGUGGAUAGGCUAGUUUUGCCUGCUGUGCCAAGUGUGGUAAACACUUGGACCACUUCAUUUGGGUUUUCGAUGAUGACAGACUCCGAUAGAUUAAACUUUCUAGAUUACACUCUCCUGGGUUUCCAGGGUACUAUCAUGUGUCAGAAACUCUUAUCGGAAAUCCCUUCCACGGAAUUAAGUCCUUCAGAAGGAACCAAGCAAAAACUUGAUGAUGCUAUCAAUGGAAGUGGUAAUAUUGAUUUGUAUGGGAACAGUGCUAUUUCUGAAUUAUUUCAAGCUGACGAGAUUCAGGAGACUGGAAUUGUUUACCAAGGAUGUGUGGAUAUUGCUGGUGGCAGUGGCAUCGGCAGAAGCAAUGACACAGCUUCUCUGGUUAGAGUGGUGAACCAACCAAUUCAUGUUGAAUGCAUGCCGUGCCAACGUGGAACUAGUGUAGACUGCUCAGUUGAAGCUCGUGAUCAGAAUGAAGGUGAAAACAUUGGUAAUGUAACUUUUAAAUGCUAUAAGCGGCGAAGGAUAUCUGCUUGUGAGAGUUGA